AUGAAAGUCCCUCUGCCCAGCAACCUCAGAAUCGCAAAGCAAGUUGCGUCCCACCCUGCCGCCAAGUCAUUCGCCACCAAAGUCCACAAGAAGAUGCCCGCAGGAACCCCAUCAGAGAGCGCAAAGGCGCAAGCCGAUGCGUCGGCGGGUGGCCCCUCAUUCGAGUCCAUCGGCAUCAAGAACACGGACAUUGUCCAAAAGUCGGGCGUCUCGCUCGACUCCCACCAAAAGGUCCUCGUCGGCAGCGUUCUCGAUAUCAAGCUGUCCAACAGCUACACCGUCAAGGGCAUCAAGAGCGAGCAGACCAUGGACAGUGUUGUGCGCAUUGACGUCGGGCCCGACGGCAAAAUCACCCGCGUCGACGACAGGUGGAACGAUAAUAUGCCUGAGGGUGCUGUCGCCCAGACAUUGAGAAAGCUCAAUGCCGUGUCGGUGCCCAGGUUUGUCACUGUGCCCAAGACGGAGGAGGAGGACGCCAAGUUGAAGUCGGAGCGAGAGAGCCAGCAAUCGGUCUGA